AUGACUUACCUGAAAUGGGUUCUAAAUGAAACUCUACGUCUAUAUCCGCCAGCCCCUUUUAAUCUCCGCAUGGCCAGCAAGGAUACUUUCCUGCCAGCUGGUGGCGGCCUAGAUGGAAAGGCACCCCUCUAUGUUUCUAGAGGCCAUGAGAUCAUAUAUAGUGUAUACACUAUGCAUCGAUUGCCUGAAUUUUAUGGACCAGAUGCAGACGGGUACCGACCAGAGAGAUGGGUAAAUCUGCGGCCUGAUUGGGCGUACCUUCCGUUCAAUGGUGGCCCUCGGACUUGCGUUGGACAACAGUUCUCAUUGACCGAGGCUGGAUACACCAUUGUCCGGAUUCUACAGGAAUUCAAUGCAAUUGAACCUCGUGAUCCAGAACCCUUUGUGGAGGCAUUGCUGUUGGCGUUGUCUAGUGCCAAUGGAACAAAGGUUGCCAUGAGCCCUGUCUAG